CUCUCAAAUGCAAUUUGGGUUGGAUUUGAACAGCGGUGAUGUUCAAAAUCCAGGCCCAAAUGAGGCAGACGGGGGUGCAGAAAUCCAGCAAUCUCAAUCAGUCGGUCAGUCUGAAGAGAAUCUGGAAGAUGAGGAGAUCUCUGGUGUGAUCUUUCAGGAGAUCAACUCCAGCAUGUAUAAGGUCGGUGAACUGCUGGCGGUAGACAGUUCAGUAUCUGUCUAUGAAGGAACCCGUGUGCAGGAUGACUUGAAGGUGCUAGUGAAAUACAUUAACACCAUGGAGCGGGUGGAUUAUAUCUUCAUCCCGGGUUAUCCUCCACCCCUUCCCCGUCAGGUGGGUCUUCACCUACUUGCCUGUCAGGGAGACGUCGUUCAUGAGAUUCUGCAGCUCGUGGACUGGCAGGAGUUUCCCGACCGCCUGGUCAUGGUGCUGGAGCGCCCUUCUCCUUGUGAGGGUUUAGACGAGUUUCUCGCCAGUAAAGGGGGAGAGCUUGAUGAGCUGUCAGCCAAGGAGAUCAUGUGGCAGGCAACCUGGGCUGCCCACAUGUGCUGCAAGCGGGGUGUUUUCCAUCGGGAUAUCAAGCUGAAGAACUUCUUCAUAAAAGCAGACACCCUGGACCUCAAGCUUGACAACUUUGGGUGCGGAGAGCUGCUUCAUAAGUCUGCCUACAAGACUUUUACAGGAACGAGAGAUUAUUUCUGCCCUGAGUUCUUCCGAACGGGCGAAUACUAUGGAAAGCCGGCGACGGUGUACUCGCUCGGGGUGUUGUGUUUGCAAUGUUGCGCGGGAAAUUCCCCGACUGCAAUGACAGGAACUCGAUCUGGUCUAAAGACGGCUUGACUGAAG